AUGCCUGCUGCCAAGAACAAGUCGAGUGAGACAGACGUGAGUGGCAAGAGGUGGACUGACGACGAGAAGUUGGCAUACCUCCUUGUCCUGUGCGGGCAUGAGGGCGGACUCCAAGCCAAGAUCAAGAGUGCGCCCAAGCCAGCUGGUCGGACUAAAAUCGCUUGCAAGAGAAUGAUCGAGCGUCUUGAGGAACAGUUCGAGCAGGAGAUUGCUAGCAUGAAGAAUGCGCAGACUAGCAACGGCUAG